UUUUUUUUUUUUUUCUCGGUCAUUGUAGUUUGGUGUAGGGCAGUCGUAAACAUGAUACUCGAGAUGGAGAAUCAUCAACACGACGCGUUUGCUGCCUCAGGCGCCAAGACGUCACCGCCAUCACAAGUGGCCGAUAAAGCUUUACCACCUGAUAAGAAUCUCACACCAUAAUUCCGACGUCCACCUCGCCUGCGAUCGCUAUAUUGAGUGCAAUGAAUUUCGCUCCCUAUCAGGAUGAGUCGCCCGAAGUCGAGCGGGCAAUGUCGCCUGCCCUCGGCGAUGCCAAUCGCGUGAAAUCGCCCAUUAUCCGAUCUCCUGUCGGCUCUCCUCCGGUUCCAGGUCUCGCAUCCAACGCGCUUCCAUCACCGAGUCACUUUGGCGGCAGUGUCCAACCAGGAGCAACUGGGUUCGGAAACAGUGGCUAUGGCGGAGAUGUCGAAAGUGGGAGAUGGAACAUGGGAGCUUUCGACACGAGCCUUCCCAUCCGCAUGGAUUUUGAAGCUAUGCUGGCAUAUCUACUUCUACCUCCUGCGGGGGGUGUCUUCCUUCUGCUAGUAGAACACAAAAGCGAUUAUGUACGCUUUCAUGCAUGGCAGUCAAGCAUGCUUUUUACCGUCAUGUUCAUCAUUCAUCUCAUAUUUGCUUGGUCGAGCUUUUUCUCGUGGGCUUUAUUUCUAUGCGAUUUGGCCAUGAUCGGUUUCUUAAGCAUGCGUGCGUAUCGUGACGUUGACACACUCGACCACUACGAGGUUCCCAUUUUUGGCCGCCUGGCAAACUCCUUUGUUGACGACGAAUAAACCUAAUUUCACUUUCAAUGGCGAUGCAUCCGUUUCAUAUACCCCUCCCCUUAUGUUUCUCGUGCCAACAAAGCAUCGCCUUUUCCCCAUGGAAAACACCCUUUCCCCCAACCCCCACCACCCCAGAAUCUACCCACUGGGGAUGAAUUUUCCAAUG